CUGGGGGUGGGGGACGGUGGCAGCAUGGCGGCUGGGUACAAGCAGUUCAAUCCUCCUCUUCCUCUCUGUCGCUCCCACCGGGAUCCUUUAGAUUGCGUGUGUUCGUUGUAAGCCCGCCGCCCGCCCGCCAGUCCUCUGGUCCACCGGUCCACCCGUUCUCCCUUGCGCCGCCACUGCCAGCUCUAAGGGUCGGCCGGCCGGGUAACUCGCCCUCCCACCCCACCCACCGGCCCGCGGGCCAGGACCAUGGAGGACGUGAAACUGGAGUUCCCCACCCUCCCACAGUGCAAAGAGGAUGCCGAGGAAUGGACCUAUCCUAUGAGACGAGAGAUGCAGGAAAUUUUACCUGGAUUGUUUUUAGGCCCAUAUUCUUCUGCUAUGAAAAGCAAGCUACCUAUACUACAGAAACAUGGAAUAACCCAUAUAAUAUGCAUAAGACAAAAUAUUGAAGCAAACUUUAUUAAACCAAACUUUCAGCAAUUAUUUAGAUAUUUAGUCUUGGAUAUUGCAGAUAAUCCAGUUGAAAAUAUAAUACGUUUUUUUCCCAUGACUAAAGAAUUUAUUGAUGGGAGCUUACAAACUGGAGGAAAAGUUCUUGUCCAUGGAAAUGCAGGGAUCUCUAGGAGUGCUGCCUUUGUUAUUGCAUACAUUAUGGAAACAUUUGGAAUGAAGUACAGAGAUGCAUUUGCUUAUGUUCAAGAAAGAAGAUUUUGUAUUAAUCCUAAUGCUGGAUUCGUCCAUCAACUUCAGGAAUAUGAAGCCAUCUACCUAGCAAAAUUAACAAUACAGAUGAUGUCACCACUACAAAUAGAAAGGUCAUUAUCUGUCCAUUCCGGUACCACAGGCAGUUUGAAGAGAACACAUGAAGAAGAUGAUGAUUUUGGAAACAUGCAAGUGGCAACUGCACAGAAUGGCUGACUCAAGAGUAACCAUUAUAGAAGAUGUGAAUUGAAUUUCUAUUUGGGAAGGAGAAAAUACUAGAGACAAUAAUAAUGUAAAAUUGUAUAAAAAAAAAAAAAGUAGUUUCUUUUCAAUUAAAUGUUGCUUCCAGACGUGUUUCUCUGCAACUUGUUGAGCAACAUUUUAAGAAGAUGUUGGACUUCUGCAAUAGAUGGCACUGAUGGUUUUACUCCUUUUUGUUUUUUUUUUAUUUUUCAUUUUACAGU